CUAGAGCUUACCGGAGUACGAUCCCUAUCUGAUUGAUCUACAAAAUUCACUCCAUUCAUUACCAAAUCAGCAACUAGUUCAUUCUCGCAGAAAUGUGAUGCAUUUGCUUGUCUCAACCGUCACUUCCGAUUGCUGAAUUCUGUGUAUUCGAAUGUAGGAGUAGUAAUAGUAGUAGUAUACUGUGGAUUCAACGGAAUUUGGCGGAUGAUUUUAGUCAGUUAAUUUGAAAAUGCCAGCGCCUUUACAAUACCCUCGAGUGGAUACUUUGAAACUGAAGGUUCAUAUUGAGAGAAAGCUUGGUCAUGAGAAAUCAGACAAGUACUUCCUCUUAUUGAAGCAAUAUUUAACCUGUAAACUUAGCAAAUCGGAGUUUGAUUGUCUCUGCAUUCGUGUCAUUGGGAGAGAUAACAUUUGUAUACAUAAUCACUUUGUUCAAGCAAUCUUAAGGAAUACAAUAGUUGCAGAGUCAUCCCCAAAAGGGAUCAGAUCUGGUCUCAACCUGCAAUCAUUUUGUAGAGAUGCAUUUCCUCUUUCCCCACGGAAGGGAAGGACACCUAAUCUUCGAGAUAGAAAGUUUAGGCAUCGGUUUAGUCCACUCAAUCCCCAUGGGAAGUCUCAUAUUGCCAUUUGUGAAGAUUCUGUUUCUAAAUUCAAGAAACAGAGAAAUGUUAAUGUUACUGUUACUGUUACUGAUAUGCUUUCUGAAAGAAGCCGAGUCAUAAGAGCUCCAUUUGGAAUCUCUAUAAAGGGAAAACAGAUGAAGAGGAAGAGGAAGAAGAAGAAGAUACUUCAUGGUGGAUCAGAAUUACUUCCUGAUAGCAUUUCUCUUAAAGCUAGACUUGAGGAGCAUCUUGUUAUGGAAGGUUUCACCAUCUCAAUGGAUUGUGUGAACCUUUUGAACUGUGGGCUUGAUGUUUACCUAAAAAGAUUGAUUUUGCCAUCUUUGGAGUUAGCCAGUUCCCAAAUGAGUACUACCAUGAAACUGAAAAGACCUAUCUUUGCAUCUUUGUUGGAUUUCCAAGUUGCAUUGGAAGCCAAUCCCAAAAUACUUGGAGAAGAUUGGCCUGUGCAACUUGAGAGAAUCUGUUCUCAUUCCCCAGCUCAGAAUUGAAAGUGGGUAAAUAAAUUGGUUUGACAUAUAGUUUGAUAGAAUCCAUUUUAACAGAAUUUGUCUUUACUACAACUGGUUGAGCUAGAAAAGAUUUUCGAUGAUAGUGAGUAGCUUGUAUAAAUAGUUGUUAAAGUUCAUUUUUUUUCCUUUUUCCGAUCAGGGUUCAUUACUAAAGGGAUUCUUAGUGGAAUUUGUAAUUUCAUUUUUACUGGCUUUUAGUCAAUGAAUUGGCUAUUUGAGGU